UCGAAUGCUGGAUGUGAAAAUGAAUCCUAGUCUGGACCCACAGAAAAUGUUCAUCCUGGACAGCACCUCUACAGUCUCUCUGCAUGAUCGCUUCACCAGUUUGCUGAAACAUCAGCAGGAAGGUCUGAUGGACAUCACAGCCUUAGUGAACCAGCAGACCACAGCCUCGCUGAAGAACCAGCGCCUGGUUGUGGAGAUGGCCAACAGACCCUCUGUGCUGGCUGCCCUUCAUAACACAUCUAAAAUAAACAACCCACUCAGCAAAAUGAAUGUGAGGGCAAGGCUCGGCCAGCCUAUGGGGAGAGGGGGCAUGAUGAGCUUUCGGGGUCAAAUGAGAGGAAGGGGAAGCACCAGAGGAGGGCUUAUAAAAGGAAUUUACUCGAGGAGAGGUAUUAGUAGCCUGCAAGAUGCAAUGUCCACUUUAGGUGUGCAGAGAGGUUGGGGCCAGCAACAGCGUGGAGGUUAUAUGCACUGUGCAGCACCAAUGGGAAUCAGAGGAGGACGAGCCAUUAGAAAGACAGGUAAUAGUUAUGUUACAUCAGUCAGUGGGACAUAUUCAGGGUGCAACUGGACCAAGUCCUACAGCCAACCAGUUCCUUCUCGGGAGCAGCUGGAUAAACAACUGGAUGAGUACAUGUCCAUGACCAAGAGCCAUCUGGAUGCAGAGCUGGAUGCAUAUAUGGCCCAAGUUGAUUUGGAGGACAUAGUGUGA